AUGCGCUCCGAGUACCAGACAUCUUCCGAUGCUUUCGUCAAGCGCCGAUUUGACUACAUUGUGAUCGGCGGAGGAACGGCUGGGCUUGCCGUCGCCUCCCGCCUAGCUGAGCGCACGCACCUGCAGGUCGGAGUUCUCGAGGCCGGCCGGUCCGUCGAAGGCGACGACAACGUGCAAGUUCCGGCGUUCUACGGCCGCUCGCUGCAAGGAGAGAAUGACUGGUGCCACCGGACGGCGCCUCAGGACGGCCUCGCCGGGAGGACGCUCCCCUGGCCGCGAGGGAAGACCCUGGGAGGCACGAGCGCGCUCAACUUCAUGACCUGGGUGCGCGCAAGUCGCCAGGACUACGAUGCGUGGGAGGAGCUUGGGAAUCCAGGCUGGGGAUGGGAUAGCCUACUCGAGUACUCCGCGUCACACAGCCUCUGGCAUCGCACGCUAAAUGCCGUGGGCAUCCCGACCAACGUCGCUCACACCGCGGGCUCCAACGUCGGCGUAUGGACAAACAUUAACAGCGUGGAUCCAAGGACUGCAAAGCGGUCAUACGCGACUAGCUAUCUUGAUUCGGAGCCCAAGCGACCCAACCUUCACGUUCUCACCGGCGCACAUGUCAAACGAGUUGUCCUUGACGCAGAUGGUACACGCAUCGCUGCGAGAGGGGUUCUUUUUGAGUGUGGCGGGCAGGAAUUUGAGGUAUCCGCACGGCAAGAGAUCAUUGUUUCCGCUGGCACCGUCCAGUCUCCCCAGAUCCUCGAGUCUUCCGGCAUCGGCAACCCUGAUGUACUGGACCAGGUAGGUGUGCCGGUCAGAGUCAAAAGUCCGAUGGUUGGAGAAAACCUGCAGGAGCAUAUCAUGCUUGCCACGAUUUUUGAGGUAGACCCGACGCUCGCAAACCCGGAUGAUCUCUCCGACGACGUCUACGCGGCGCGAGCGCGAGAAGAAUACAAUGCGGCGCGGCGCGGGCCGCUGACUGUUCUCCCCUGCUCUAUUUGCUACGUCCCGCUCAAGGACAUCCUUCCUCAGCCCGUGCUCGCCGACAUCAAGGCUCGCGCGCAGCUUCACUCUGCCUAUGGUGCGGAGAAGACCGCCAUCGUCAUAGAUCGACUUGGAAACGACACGGAGCUGGGCCACAUGGAGUACAUCUUUGAUCUCGGCAACUGGAGUCCAUACUUCAAAGGUGAAGCGGGAAAAAAAUACGGCACGAUGCUGCAGAUACUACAAUAUCCGUUUUCUGUCGGAUCCAUUCACCUACGGCCGUAUCGCGCGAGCUCCGAAGGUGCAAAGGAGCUGCACAUCGACCCGGGGUAUUACCACGGCAAACACGGCCAGCUUGACGCCGAGAUCAUGCAAAAGGGCACCCGCUUCCUCCGGAAGAUUGUUGAGACGGAGCCGCUGGCGAACAUCAUUCACCGUCCCGUUGCUCCGACGACCGAGGAUUUCCAGGACGACGGCCGAAUGUGCAAUUGGAUAGCGGAAAACACCAUAACGGAUUGGCACCCGGUGGGAACGUGCGCGAUGGGCGGCGAUGCGGGCGUGGAGGGCGGCGUCGUCAACGAACGGCUGCAGGUGUACGGCGUCGAAAACCUUCGUGUCAUUGAUGCCAGCGUCAUGCCGUUGCAGAUCAGUGCGCACCUGCAGGCAACAGUGUAUGCCAUCGCCGAAAAGGGGGCGGCCAUGAUACUCGAGGACUUGGACAAGGCGCAGUGA